AUAUAUCAAAUUUCUCUAAAAAUAUAUCAAUAUGUCAUUAUUCCAUCAGUUUCUUAAACCUAACCCUAACCCUAACUUCCCCCUCCAACCCCAGCCUUGAUAAUACAACCUAACCUAACCUAUUUUGUUUUUGAAGUACGUCGGUAAUGUAGGAAAUCGCAAAAAACAAUUAUUUGCAAAAUUUCAACCAAAUUGGAUUUGACAGGUGUUCGGGAACUAUGAUGGAAUAAUGACAUAUUGACAUAUUUUUAGAGAAAUCUAAUACUUAUCCCCCUGUGGCUCGGGAGGCUUGGAAUACGGCCACGGUAUCCCCUGCCUGUCGUAAGAGGCGACUAAAAGGGGUCACACAAACACAUACACACACGCACACACACACACCGAUUCAGGCGAAAGGAUGAGCAGACUUUAGAAGUAUGGACUGAGUGUAAGAUUUAAAAGUAUGCACAGGUAUGAGUGAUGAAAUUUAAAAAUGCGCGGGGUUUGGGGUUGGCAGGGCUGCCAGCCCAUCCCCAAAGGCGCGUGGAGGUAUAACAAGAGGCGACACUCCCGGCGGCACCUUUGAUGUCGAGGUUUUGCUGUCCCUUUAAAUGGGUAGUAUCAACGAGCGGGAAGUUUGAAUGAGUUGGAUGUAAUACUCUUUAUAACCAGAAAUUUUUUUGAUUAUUCGAAUAUUAUUUUUUCAAAUAAAUCGAGUACUCGCACACCUCUACAACAAGGUGACAAAUAAGUUACCAAAAAUGCCAGCCUUUGAGCGAAAUUCGAGAUAGAUAGAUAGAUAGAGAAAUCUGUCUCGAAAACUACAUCAGUUGACGAAAAAAUGUUGCAGGACAUAAAUAGUUGGAAAUUUAAUUCUUUACAAAAAAAGUCUCUUGAUAUUUUGCCAUAUUUCGUAUAGUUUCCGAGAUAUUUGCAGAUUUAUAAAAAACAGGAAAUCUACUUUACUGGCUAAACCAGGUCGAUUUGGUACCUGUAACAUAUAUGUAUAUUUUUGUCUUAAAAUGGUCCCAAGAACACAACCAUAACCUCAAAACGAGGGGCCACGGAAAUCGUAAUCUCCCCCAAUUCGGUGGCUCCAGCACCAUCUAUCGCGUUUGCUCGAUUCUUGGCGUCAAAUAAAAUUUUGAAUUACAAACAUGGAGUUUGUCCCGCGACCGUUAUAAACACGGUAGUGUAUAAACGAAACGUCUGUUCAUAAAUGUACUUUUAUAAUGGACAACUAUAAAAAAAGUUAUUCACUUUAUUACAAGUAGAUUCUUGAUUGUCGUAGUAUUUGUUCAACGGGAAUUGUAACCCCAGGAAUCUUUAAAGUUUAAGUUUCAUAAAGUGUGCACGCGAAGCGUUCGAUGUGCUCUCAAUCAAAUUGCAUCGAAUUCAUUUUGAUUAUUAGCUUUGAUUCUUCCGGUUAAUCUAGUCAAUGAUAUGGUCGUGAUGAGUAUCAUAAGAUAAUAAAUUCUUUGGUUAAAUCUCUCAGUAGACUAAAGAAAAUACAGGAUAAAAAAAAUAUUAAAGGAAGUGACAAAUGAGGAAUAAAGAGAAUGGAUUUUGAAGAUAAAGAAAAAGAAUUUGAGGAGCGUUAUAAAAGGAUCUGUGGAAAGAACAGACUGUCUUCUAAAUAUGAGACUCAAAAAGAAGAAAAAACAGAUAAGGGAAAGACUUGCUCGAAAGAGAAGGAAAAAAUGGAAAAGGAAUUAAAUGCUGCAAAAUGUGAUUUGGCUAGCCUUCAAAGGAGUCUGGGCUGCGAUAGAAAUAUUCACACAUCACAGUUUAACGAUGCCUCCAAAGAUGUUCCAAAAGAAUGUUCUUCUUUCUUUGAGUUUAAAUUUCAGAAGCGUAAUUCUGCACAAUUUGAGAAGUAUUCCAAAGAAAAAAAUGAAUUGGAGGUACAAUUGGAGGAUAGAAAAAAGGAGGUCCAAGCGAAAGAAAGGGAGAUAUUUGAAUUAAAGGAAAAAAUAAAAAGAUUAGAAGCAUUCAGCAAGGAGAGGGAUAUACUUGAAAAGGAAUUGAUUUCAACGAAAGCAGAAUUGACUGGGAUAAAAAGGACAUUAGAGCUAGAACGGCAAGAAAGAAGAGAUUUGGAGACUAGAGCCCUUGGUUUAAUUAAAGAUGCUAAACGUAAAUGGGAAAAUGCAGAAAAGGAUAAAAUUGCACAGUUAAAUAAACAUAUUGAAGCGCAGACUGUAAGAAUUACAGAAUUAUGUACUAGCAAUAAUGAGAUGAGUUCCAGAUUACAGAGGACUGAAUGUGAACUGGAAACUGCAAAUGCAGAAUUGCAUAAACUUAGAGUGUUCCAGAUGCAAUAUAAAGAAUCACUGGCUAAAACAAGAGAACUAAAUCGACAAAGUGCUCAAGGAGUUGAAACGAAAUUAAAGGAAAUAGCUGCAAGAGCACACAAUCAGUUAGCUGAACUUAGAUCUAAGUUAGAUUUAGAAACAGCAAAAAACAAUGACUUGGAGUCUAAACUGCGAAAUGAACAAGAUUCUAAUCACUGUCGCCAGUCACGACUAAAUGUAGCUUUAGAAUUAGCGCAGAAUGAAUUAAUGGACUGUCAGGAACAGUUACGCAGUAUACAAGCUACAAUACCUGCCAGAGAUGCUGAAAUAGAAGCUUUGAAAAAACAAUUACAAGAAAGAUCAAAGCAAUUAGAUAAUGUUACGGCAUCAGAACAGGUGGUUGCAACAAUGCAAGAGCAGUUGGAGCGAUCAAGACUCGAGAAUGAACAAUUGAAACAACAAUUACAGGCAAUGAAGUCUGACUUAAGUGAAACCAUGAUGAAUUUGGAACAAAAUGAAGCUCUUGCCUUAAAUUUAGAACAAGCUACACAAGACAAAGCUGCAUUACAAAAACGACUACAGGAUUCUCUUGAAAAAGAAGAGGAACAUUUACGUAAAGUCGGCAAUUUAGAAGAAUUGUUACGACGCUUGGAACAAAGCGUUACUAAACUAGAAUCAGAGAAUGCUAAUCUUAAAAUGGAAAAUGUACAGCCAAGUACCAGUAUGGUACGAAAAACGGUUACAAUAAAAGCUGAUAUUCUACUGGAAGAACAAAUACAUAAAUUAGAACAGGAACUUCGAACAGCGAGAGAACACUUAAAUACAGAACGUCAGACUGCAAAGCAAGCUCAGAUUAAUUUAUGGAAGAAAGAAAAAGAAUUAUCAGAUGCAAAUUUGGAUAAGAGAAUUGCAAUAAGAGCAAGUAAAAAGGCAGAAGAGAAAAUUGAAACAUUACAAGAAGAGAAACAAAGAUUAUCAGAGAGAUUAGAUAAUAAAAUAAAAGAAGAAGAUGAGAAAUCUAAAAAGUUACUUAGAGAAUUAGAUAGUGCAAAAGCAUCGUUAAAUGACAUAACCAAGGAAUCUUCUAGAAACAAAAUGCAAGCUGAUUCUGCUCAACGAGCUUUAACUCAAGCUAAUCAUCAAAUAGAAGAGCUUCAGUCAUCAAGUGCUUCGUUACGUAGAGAACUAGACGCUGCUCGAAAGCAAGCAAGGGCAAGUCAAGAGAGAGUUGAUAGUUUAAACGCUGAGAACAAACGUUUGUCACAAUUAAUUGCAAAACAUAACGAAGAAAAGAGCGAAUUGGAAUCUAAAAUAGAAAAACUAGAGCAAGAAAUCAAAGGUUACGAAUUGAAUACUGAACUUCUUAAAGAAACGUGUACAGUACUUGAAGAGCAGUUGACCGAUUACGAGAGAUUAACGAGCGAUCAUGAAACGCGGGAAAAUAUACUGAUUCAAGAUAAAAUGAAAUUACAAAAAGAUCUAGAAGCGACUGAAGGUAAACUUCGCGAAGCAUGUGCCGCACAAAAUGAAGAGAGAUCCCUGAGAUUAGCUGCUGAACGUAACAUUGAAAGACUAGAAUCGGAAACGAGCGACAUAGAAUGCGAAAAGAACGGUUUACUUGCGCAGAGAGACCAAUAUAAAAAACUUGUACAAGAAUUAAGCGCACAGGUUGAUGAACUAUCAGCCAAGUGUAGUGAAUUAGAAUACGAAUUCUCUGAAACGAAACGUAACUUAGAAAUGACUAAAGCUGAAACGAGGGUCGUCAAAGAAGAAAGCAGUCAGCAUUUGACAAGAGUGCACGAAUUGAAAGAAGCGAAUACAAUGCUCAUGAACGAUUUGCAAAGCAGCGUGGAUCAAGGACAGGAACUUCGGAUGAGAAUUUCAGAGCUGGAAAGCAUCUUGGAAGAAAUGCGACAGUUCUACCAGGAAAGAGAAGUUAAAGCCGAAAGCACAAGGCAACAGCAAACGAAACUAAUUGAUUAUCUACAAUUUAAAUUAGAGGAAUGUAGCAAAAAGAAGAAAACUGUAUGUGAUAAAAUACUUGGUACUAAACAGAAAGAAAAUGUCCCUCCAAGCGGUACUGGGAUGCCCGUUGGCUAUCGUGAAUUAGAGAAUCAGCUAGCUAAAGAACGUGCUAAAGUUAAAACGUUAACCGAUCAAUUAUUGGCACUUAGAGCUAUGCAUGCUUCAACCUCUGCACCUACAUCUCCCACGGCACACAGUAACAAGAACACAAAUUACAUUACGGAACAGUCGGUCAGUUCUUUGUCUAAACGAUUAUCCCCUCAGAGGAUUGGACACAAUAUUCCUCAUAGAUUUGAGGUCGGUCUACCUAUGAGAGCUGGAAAAUGUUCUGCUUGUUUUGACUCUAUUCAGUUUGGUAAACGUGCAGCUAUUUGCAGUGAAUGUCAAGUAAUGACUCAUUUAAAAUGUGCCGUUACCGUUCCUGCCAACUGCGGUUUACCGGGUGGUUUUGCUAAACAAUUUGGCAAGAGUUGGAGGAACAGCGACGAAAGCCUAUCAUCUUUAUCUGGAAGUGUUCAAACGUUGAAUAUAGAUCAACCAGAUAAUCCUGAUACGAAUGUAUGCGAUGCACGUGGUAAAAGCAGUGACGUAUCAAUGGAAAGUUGGGUCAAAGUUCCAGAGAAGUCAAAAACUUGCUGGGAAAGGAAAUACCUUAGAUUAGAAGGAACCUGUUUAUGUACUUAUGAACACCAACCAUCUCCUGGAAUGUCGCCCGUUAAUCGUUUAGAUCUGGUCGAAAAAGAUGGAUUUAAUGUAUUAGAAACUGUACAGCAACCGGAUGUAUUAGGAACAGCAAAGUCGGAUAUACCAUUUAUCUUUAGGAUAGAAUCUAAUUCUUCAACGACUUGUUGGCCAACGUCGCGUCUAGAUAUAAUGGCUUUAAGCCACACGGAUAAAAAGAAUUGGUUAAAAGCUUUGAAGUCUGUUACUAGUCAAAAUUAUUCGAGUAACGUUCAUAAAACUAAGAAAUAUGAAACUAUACUGAGGCUGGAAAAGAAUCAGUUGGAUCUGAAUUGCGCUGUAAAUCUAAUUGAAGAAAAUGUGCUGUUGUUGGGAGCUGAAGAAGGUCUCUUUUCAUAUUGCGGUUCUAAAUCACGAACACUGACAGCAAUUUGUGGAGUAAAGAGGGUUCAUCAAUUAACUUUACAUCCUCAUUUGGGAAUAGCUUUAAUGAUAGCCGGUGAAAGUAGGCAAUUAGUAUCGUGUAGUCUAAGACAAUUAAAGAGUAACGCAGUAGCUGCUGAAUGUUCAAGACCAGCAAUCAAUACAAAACCAGUUUUAACUAGCACUGAUAGUUGUCACUUGUAUCAGUUACAAAGGGACAUGCUUUGCGCAGCAACAGCAACUCAUGUAAUAUUACUUAAAUGGUAUACCGAGGAAGAAGGUGGAGAAUUUGUUGGAGUACGGGAACUUGAAACAUCCGAGCCAUGUAGCUGUGCCAUAUUUACUCAAAACAUCCUAAUAGUAGGGUGCAAUAAGUUCUUCCAAAUCGAUCUUAGGAACUAUUGCGUCGAUGAGUUUCCAGAAGCAGACGAUAGUUCAGUUAAAGCUGCGCUAACGGGAGUAGCUAAAUUAGGUAUCUUUCCCGUUUGCGUUUUAAAUGUUUCUCUAGUACCUGGAAAAGUGGAGCUUUUACUUUGUUACAACGAGUUUGGAAUGUUUGUUAAUGAACACGGCCAAAGAACUCGAAGCAUUGAUCCAACGUGGAAUCAUUUACCUUUUGCUUUUGCAUUCCGUAAACCGUACUUAUUUAUUAUUCACUUUUCAUCGGUGGAGAUUAUAAAACUCGAUCAACAAGCGUACACCUCGCCAACAAAGAAUCCAGAACGAGUUUUGAUCGAAUUGUCUAGUCCUCGUUUUUUAGGAGUGUCUGAAUCGAAGGGAAUCUAUGUAGCAACCAUUAAUUCCUUUUUGGAAUUGUUAAUGAUAGAAGGUCCUUCUAAUAUACCAGAAAACAAUGGCAGUCUCACUAGUUUGGAAACUUUGGGACAAGAUAACGAGAGCACUUCGGAAUUCAGUUUCACAUCGAGCUUAAUGGAAGAUUUAGAUGGUCAUGGAAAAAAAGUACAUUUCGCUGGUGUUUCUAAGUAUUGAUAUCAAAAACUAACAUAAGUAUCCUUUCACUCGACUGUAGGAACUACAAGAAACCCGAGACCAAGACUGUAAACAUUUAGUAAGCAUUAAGGAAAGUAAGUCAUAACAAACAUGUUACAGGCUACAUCUUACCUAGCCAUUCCAUGCAUUUAAUUUAAUUUGUACAUUCUUGCCAAUGGGUAAUAUCAGUCUAUUAAUACAUAAUUGAUGGAAUGUACAAACACUCUCUAUCGUACAAAAGCUUUUUUUGCACAACAGUUUAAUGUUUAAUUUUAUUUUCAUUUUGUAAAACGAUUAAAUAUCAUCGGAUCUCAAAUAUUUGCUAUGACAAAGGAUUUAUAUGGUACUGUGUAGUAUUAGUCAACCAAAUUUGAUAUAUUUAUACAUAUCGCAAAAGUAAUUUCUUUUACUUUUUAUAAGCUCGAGCUUUUUCAAUGAGAAUAAUUUACAUUUUUUCUUUUUUUAUAGAAAAAAUUGAAAUCGAUACUUAGUGCAUAUAGAUUUAAGUAUAGAGAUACGAUUAAUAUGAUAAUAAUAUAUUCUUGAAUUUCCUAAGUUAACAAAACUUUUGUAACAUUGUAAUUUAAUUAAAAGAAACUCUACUCUUGACGAGAAUAAAGAUUUAUAGAAGAUA